GAAAAUUAAAAAAAAUAUUUAAUGUGGUAAUCGUUAGCAAUUGACCUUUACUCCAAAGAAAAGACUACGGGUUUCGUUGUGUAUAUAAAACCCCACACACGCACUCUGUUUCUGCUUGAACAAGAUCUCUUCAAAAUGGAAGCCUGCCCAUCUGUGAAAAAUAUUCUCCUUUUAGAUUCUGAAGGGAAACGUGUAGCUGUUAAAUACUAUUCAGAUGAUUGGCCAACAAAUAGUGCAAAAGAAGCUUUUGAGAAGUCUGUUUUUGCCAAGACUCAAAAGACAAAUGCACGGACAGAAGCGGAGAUUGCAAUGUUUGAGAACAAUAUUGUUGUGUACAAGUUUGCUCAAGACCUUCACUUCUUUGUUACUGGAGGUGACGAUGAAAAUGAGCUAAUCUUGUCAACUGUUCUUCAAGGAUUUUUUGAUGCAGUUGACCUUCUACUUAGGGACAAUGUAGAAAAGAGGGAGGCUCUUGAGAACCUGGAUCUCAUUCUUCUGUGUCUGGAUGAGAUUGUUGAUGGCGGUAUUGUUCUUGAAACUGAUGCGAAUGUCAUAGCUGGGAAGGUUGCAACACAUAGUGUGGAUUCUAGUGCACCUUUGUCUGAGCAGACAAUCAGUCAAGCACUGGCGACGGCACGUGAACACCUUGCUAGAUCCCUGCUCAGCUGAUGAGGAUGUCAGUUGACGCAAAGCAAGAUUAUUCAGCAGAAUAGUCAAUAGAGGCAGUUGUUGUGCUCUUUGCAUGUUUGAACUGGGUAAAUUUAGUUUGGAUAUCUAUUGAGAAGUAGAAUAGCAACAAAGACAGGCGGCCAAUUGUUUUCUUGAUUACCAUUGGUCUACUAUUUCACCGGGAUGUAUUUUUCUAAUAUAUAUGUUUUAGCUGGUACUCUGUUAUAUAUUGAACAUUUACAAGUGUAUUCGACCAGAGUGUUAUGAAAUUACUUGAAUAGUCA